AUGCUCUCGAAGAACGUCACCGCAACAGCUUGCGACGCCCCAAUUCGUGACAAGAGCCAAUAUUGCAAGACCGUCGGCAUCGCAUUGGGCGUCAUUUCCGCAGUUGUCGUCGUCUUGCGUCUUGCUUUCAAGCUCUUCGUCGUCAAGUCAGGUCUGAAGCUGGAUGACUGGUUCAUCCUCGCCACUCUCGUAGUUGGCAUUCCUGGCACGGUUAUUCUUGUCGUCGGCACGAUCGGCAAUGGGCUGGGCAGGGACAUAUGGACGCUCCCAUUCCACCAGAUCUCGGUGUUUGUCAAAUUCUUCUUCGUCAUGGAAGUGCAGUAUUUCAUCGAUAUCGCACUCCUCAAGCUCAGCCUACUAUUCUUCUACCUCAACAUCUUCCAGUUCUCCAAAGUGAGGAAGUUCCUAUGGAUUACGAUAGCCAUUGUCGUUCUCUGGGGAAUAACAUUCGUCAUCGUUGCGUUUGUACAAUGCUCUCCCCUCAGCUUUUACUGGACCAAUUGGGACCACGCGCACAAAGGAACUUGCCUGAACAUCAAUGCCAUUGGAUGGGCAAACGCUGCCAUCAGUAUUGCCUUAGACCUGUGGAUGUUAGCGAUACCCCUAUCCCAGCUUCCUGCCCUAAAUCUUCACUGGAAGAAGAAAAUCGGCGUGGCAUUGAUGUUCUGUGUCGGGACAUUUGUCACUGUCGUCAGUAUCCUACGGCUUCAGUCCCUCGUCCACUUUGCAAACUCGCUCAAUCCAACAUGGGACAACUUUGAUGUAUCCCUCUGGUCCGCAACGGAGCUCAACGUGGGUAUCAUCUGCGCGUGCAUGCCCUCCCUCCGUCUCAUGCUUGUACGACUAUUUCCCACUCUUGGAAGCUCGGCAACGCGCGGCGGCCAGUACGACUAUCGCAACCAGUACGGAAGUGCGCAGUCGAGAGGUCGAAACUUAGGGCAGAGCAUCAACACAUCGGCUCAUGUCACGUCACGACAUGAUCGAAACGAAAGCAACGAUGGCAAUCCGGAAUGGCCUGGCGCCAGAGGUGGCAUCCAUUAUCAGCGGUCGUUCAACGUCCAGUACGGCGAGAGCGAGAACGACGAGGCGAGACUGGUGGAAAUGAAUGAUCUGUACGGGAAGGCCGGGAGUAAAGCUAUGAGUAGUGCUAGCGAAGUGUCUGGAUAG